AUGUCUUUGUUUGAGACGCAUGCCACCACCCAUGUCCGCACUUUGGUCGAUGCUAUAGAGGCCCGCCUACCUUCUCGCGUCAAGCUCUUCCAGAAGCUUUCAAAUGAAUACGCUGAUGUGCCUCUGCACAACAUGACCAUCGGCAAUGUCAUGGGGGGCAUGCGGGGCCUACCCUGCAUGCUCUGGGAGAUAUCUGGCACCAGUGGUGCUGGCAUCUCAUACCACGGCAAGUCUCUCCGGGAGCUACAGGAUGCCUUGCCCAAAUGGCCGGGUUCCGAGCAGGUCUCCCCGGAGGCGAUGCUCUGGUAUCUCUAUAGCGGCAGCGUCCCGACGCAGGAUGAGCUCGAGCACUUUGCGGCGGAUCUCGCCAGCCGCGGCGAGAUCCCCGCCGAGGUCGAGGAUUUCUGCGACAGCCUCUCCUCGGACAUAUCCUCGACUGCGCAGCUCAUCAUGUCCCUGUCCAUCUGGGCGAAUCAUUCCAAGUUUACCGCGGCUCUCAUGAGCGGCGUGCCGCGCAAUCAGCUCUGGAGACACGCACUCGAGGACGCGCUCGACAGCCACGCCGGCACACCUCUCCUCACGGCGCGCAUACACGCGAACAAGUACCGCAACGGCCGCGGCCGCGAUACGCCGUUGAACUCGCAGGGCGACAUCGCAGAGAACUUCGCGAUAAGGAUGGGGCGCGGCGCACACGACGCGGACUUCAAGGAGCUCGUCCGCAUGUAUUGGGCGCUACACAUGGAUCACGGCGCGAACGUCUCAGCGCACACUAUGCGCCUCAGCAGCUCGGCCUGGACGGACCCGUACCUUACCCUCGCCUCUGGACUGAUCUCAGGCACUGGCAUCUUGCACGCCGGCGCGAUCAUGCAAGCGCUGCGCUACAAUCAAGCUAUGGCCGCGACGCUCGGGCUCGAGCCCUCCGCGGAGGCUGUCGAGGCGUAUGUCUGUCGCACGCUCGCAAAGGGCCAUGUCGUCCCUGGCUACGGACACGCACUCCUGCGUAGCGCGGACCCGCGUCUCGAACCCAUUACGCGCUUCAUCAACUCGCGCCCCGCGCCAGCAGCCGCGUCGAGCGAGCACGGCCAGAUGCUCCGCCUCAUCGCGCGCAACAGCACUAUCGUGCCGGACGUCCUCCGCAGGCACGUGCCGAAGAUGAAGAGCACGGCGCCGAAUGUGGACUCGCUCAGUGGAUGCUUGAUGUAUGCGUACGGCCUCGACGUCGACUUUAUCCUUCUCGUUAUGGGGUGCAGCCGCGGGAUGGGCUUUAUGGCGCAGUACGUCUGGGACAGAGCUCUCGGCCUGCCUAUCGAGCGUCCGCUGAGCAUUACUAUGGACCAGAUAAUGUCCAAGCUGUAGUUUACGCCCAAAGCUCCAAUUUGUAUCGUGUGAGAUUGCUUCCACACUAUAUGGAUUCCUUUCUGUGCACCGGUAGUAUCAUUGUAUGCUGAAUAGAUGUAUUGUAGUGAUCUGUACGCUGAUGUGCGUGAAUAG